AUGAUCUCCAUCUCCCACAAACAGCCCACCCUCCGUACCGCAACCGCCAUCUCAACCCUCCUCUUCUCCCACCCCGAAACCCUCCCCGCCCUCACAGCCGCAAACAACAAAAAAGGCGACGCAAUAGCAGUAGCUCGAAUCGCCGCAAUUCAAGCCGCGAAACAAACUCCCAACUUAAUUCCGCUUGCGCAUCCGAGUUUGAGUAUCACGGGGAUUACGGUUGAUAUCGAGGCAUUUGACGGUGAGGAGAGAUGGAUUGAGUAUCGUACGAGGACAAAGGGGAGUGAAAGUGAGGAGGUGGGUGAGUUGAUUGCGGAUCAUGGUGGUGUCACGGUCACGGCGACUGUGUCUUGCGAUGGCAAGACGGGGGUGGAGAUGGAGGCUAUUACUUCUGCGACGAUGGGGACGAUUACGUUGUAUGAUAUGCUGAAGGGGGUGGAUAAGGGGAUGGUGAUUAUGGGGUGUCGUGUCGUCCGCAAGUCGGGUGGGAAAAGUGGUGGGUGGAGGUGGAAUGAGAGGGAGCAGAGGCUGGUCAAGGACGGUGAAGAGGUGCGAGCAAGGCAGGCACGACCGGGUGUGGCUGUGAGUCAAAUGGCAACUAUGUUGAAUGAGACACCAUCGUCGGAAAUUGAUGAGUGGAACGAAGGGCUGACAAGUGAGUUUCUGUUGCCUGAUCUGGAUGAGAUUGUUGCUGAGGUGGAAGAGCUUGAACGUGGAGCUCAGCCGUCAGCAGCUCGAUCAGCGCGUGAUGAUGGUUGUAAGGAUGAACAGCCACAGUAG